AUGGACUCAACCUGUCAAAACAAUGGAGGUGGUGUGGUUUUGUUCCCAGCGGGGAAAUACUUGGUGGAGCCUGUGGUUUUCACAGUGGAUGCAAGGGACAGGGAAUCCUACUGUGUCCUGGGUGCAUGGCUUGGCCCUUUUUGUACUGAAGUGAAGGGUUUCUAUGAUCAUAGUAGAUUAGGAAUUAUGCACAAGUCACCUCCCCCGUUUUGGCCUGUCACCUUGAGAUUGGAUUUCGUCACAAAUUCAAAGAUCCAUGACAUAACAUCGAUCAACAGCAAGAACGUCCACAUCAACCUUUUUGCGAGCCAUGACAUAACGAUUCAGAACAUCACCGUAUCAGCUCCCGGUGACAGCCCUCACACCGACGGAAUCCACAUUGGUACAUCACACCACAUCGAAAUCUUGGAUUCAAUGAUCGACACCGGGGACGAUUGCAUAUCCUUCAGUUUUGUAUCAAACAAGAUAAAAAUCAGCGGAGUUCACUGCGGUCCGGGCCACGGAAUCAGCAUUGGAAGCCUUGGCAAGGGUGCUGGUGACGAUGUGUCAUUCGUGGACAUAAGAAACUGCACCUUCGUUGGUACUACAAAUGGAGUGAGAGUCAAAACAUGGGCUCCCUCCCAACCAGGCACUGUUUCACAUCUUACCGUUGAGUACGUUGGAAUCGAUAAGGUCGAUAACCCCAUCAUCAUCGAUCAACAAUAUUGCCCUGCACGUAGUUGCAGUACAACGGAAUCCUCGAGGGUACAGAUUCAAGAUGUUAAGUUCAGUAAUAUAUGGGGUAGUUCAACCACACAGAGUGCUAUUACAUUGAAAUGUAGCCAAACUAACCCCUGCCAGAAGAUUGAGAUGAGGGACAUCAACCUAGCUUACAACGGUCCUGAAGGACCAGCUCACUCGGCAUGCACAAACGCAGAUGUUGUAACUUAUGGCCAACAACAACCACAUCCUUGCACAGAAAAGAUAGAGCUGUUAUACCCCUCAAUCUUUGAUUAA